UGUGCACAGUAUCUUUUGACCACUGGCGCAGUGUAGUGUUACAUUCGGACAGUAAAUACAGACUAAUAUCAACAUGUGCGGGGAAAUGGGCAAGGCGGUGCUGCGAGCUCUGACGGGUGCAUUACUCUGUGGUUUGGUCUCUGAUGCCGCGUAUUUACAAAACUACGACACAUAUCCGGUGCAAUACGAGCAGGCGGUAUAUCGCAAGCCGCUGCGGGAGCACGAGAAGCCACAGCGGUUCUCAUGUGCCCACGUGCCUGUUCACCCAGGGAUGUAUGCUAAUGUGGAGACUGGUUGCCAGGCCUACCACGUGUGCCAUGAUGGUCGUGAAGGUCACCAAGGGGCGGCUUUCCUCUGCACAAACGGCACUCUAUUCGACCAGACCAAGUUUGCUUGCGAUUGGUGGUACAAUGUAGACUGCUCCCAAGCUAUUGAACACUACAAAUUAAACGCAGAUCCAUUGAAGAACCCUUAUGUACCGAAACCCAAAAAAGUGGAGGUUCCAGAACACGGAGUUUACUAUAAACAUGACUAAAUGUCACCAAAUUGUCCCACAUCAUGAAAAGAGUUACAUAUCUUAGAGAUUCCUUGAGAGAUGUAACUCUUUUCAACGGAUGUGUCAUUCUACGAUAAAAAAACCACCUAUUGAAUAUGAAAAUUAUUCAAAAAUGUUAACUGUACACAUUAAUAAGAGCACAGUUUCAAGACUUUAUUUAAAAAAACAUAAUAACAUCAUUUAUUCCAACUUAAUUAACUGACAUUUUAAACAAUACAAAAUUAAAAUACUAUAAAAUUUAAGGACCUAUUGAAGGUCAAAGCC